UACCCAACAACACAUUUAUAAUAUUAAUUUUAUUAUUUGUUUUUCUUAUAAAUAUAUGUUUGUUAUUAUGUACUGAAUAACUCUUAUAAAUGAGUUUUAACGGUUUAUUAAGAGCUUCCAGAUUUCUCAAUUCUGGCAAACAUCUUUAUCUCGGAAACUACAGGGAUUUCAGUCUGUAUGAGUUCUGUGCCCCUCCAAGACUUCAAAAUGUUAUUGUACCUGUAGAAAAAAACGUGGGAGUACGAUCUGCUAAAAGUCCGAAGUGUACAUCGGUGUUUAUGCAUAUGGAGGAUCCUUUGGCGCACCUAAACGGAGAUGACCCUCACACACCCUUGGUCACUGUCGACGACCUAACCCCGGCAGGAAAGACCCUCAGAGGAAGUGGUCUGCACGGUCCAGAGCGUACAGAUGUAUUUCGACUUGUACUUUAUAAUCGAUUGAAAGUUCGCCAGCUACAACGACUAGUGCCGAGCACAAAAGAGUCAAUGGAAGACCACAAGGUUACUGCUUCUUCUUUUUGGUUUACACUCUCCUCAUUUACAGUUAUGUUCAUCAUGUUCAACUACGGGUUGGAUUAUGGUUUAUACCACGAACAUUACCCAUGGACUCCACCUAGAGAUGACGGUACAAGGGGCCCGGGUCCUCUGUACUGGUUCACUAUAUAACCCAGGGUCUUGAAUAUUAAUUUUUCAAUGAAGUUUUAAACAUUUUAAAUUGAUUUUAACUAAUAUAUUACACAAUUUUG